AGUUCGCCUUAGUUUGUAAUAAUGGCAGAGAAUAAAGAGAGUGUGUCUCUUUUUCAGCUUUUUAAGUUUGCUGAUCAUUUCGAUAAAUGGUUGUUGUUCUUUGGAAUUCUUGGUAGCGUUGGAGAUGGGUUAAUGAAUCCUCUUACUAUGAUUGUUCUUGCUGGUGCAAUAAAUGAUUAUGGGAAUAAUACCGAUAUUAAGCUCACAAAUCAUGUUGUUGACAAGUAUACACUCAGACUACUCUAUGUUGCACUAGGAGUUGGAGUUGCAGCUUUUGUAGAAGGACUUUGUUGGACUAGAACAGCAGAAAGACAGGCUUCUCGUAUGAGAAGCGAGUACCUCAGAUCCGUCCUUAGGCAGGAAGUUAGUUUUUUUGAUACCCAAGCUGGUACUUCCGUAACAUUUGAUGUUGUCUCCACAAUUUCCUCUGAUGCUCAUUCAAUCCAAGAUGUUAUUGCCGACAAGAUACCCAACUACCUCGCGCAUGUUACCUCAUUCCUCCUAUGUCUAGUAGUAGCCUUCUGCCUUUCGUGGAGACUAGCAUUGGCAGCACUGCCGUUCUCUUUCAUGUUCAUCAUCCCAGGGGUUGGUUUUGGGUCACUGCUAAUGGCCCAGAUGAUGAAAAUGAAGGAUGCUUAUGGAGUUCCUGGAGGAAUUUCAGAACAAGCAAUUUCUUGUAUCCGCACCGUGUUUGCAUAUGUAGGAGAGCGUCAAACGCUUGAAAGGUUCAGCGAAGGACUUAAGGAGAGCAUGGACCUUGGUAUAAAGGUGGGGCUUACAAAAGGAAUGCUGAUCGGGAGUAUGGGGUUGAUUUUUGCUGCUUGGGCAUUCUUAGCUUGGGUUGGAAGUAUUUUAAUUAUCAAUAGAGGUGAAAAAGGUGGUGCUAUUUUCGCUACUGGGUGUAGUCUCAUCAUGGGAGGAAUGUCUUUAAUGAGUGCACUUCCGAAUAUUACAUUCUUCGGAGUGGCAACAGCUGCUGCAACCCGAAUAUUUGAGAUGAUCGAUCGACUUCCAGCAAUAGAUUUAGAAGAUGAAAAAGGAAAAGUUCUAACAUACGUGAGAGGAGAAUUUGAGUUUAAGGAUGUUCAUUUCAGUUACCCAUCAAGACCUGAUACUCCAAUUCUGCAAGGAUUCAAUCUUAAAGUCCGGGCAGGUAAUACUGUUGGUCUUGUCGGAGGCAGUGGUUCUGGGAAAUCCACAGUCAUUGCACUACUUGAAAGAUUUUAUGAUCCAAGCAAAGGAGAAAUAUACUUGGAUGGAAAUAAAAUCAGGAGAUUGCAGCUAAAAUCAUUGAGAUCUCAAAUAGGACUUGUCAAUCAAGAACCAGUGCUCUUUGCGACAUCCAUCAAAGAGAAUAUUUUGUUUGGAAAGGAAGGUGCAUCCAUGGAGCUUGUCAUCGAAGCAGCUAAAAGCGCAAAUGCGCACGACUUCAUCAUAAAAUUACCCGAUGGGUAUGAGACACAUGUUGGGCAAUUUGGAGUUCAGUUGUCUGGAGGACAAAAACAAAGAAUUGCCAUUGCAAGAGCUCUGGUCAGAGAUCCAAGAAUUUUAUUAUUUGAUGAAGCUACAAGUGCAUUAGAUGCACAAUCAGAACGAGUAGUACAAGAUGCACUUGACCAUGCAUCACAGGGAAGGACAACAAUCACAAUUGCUCAUCGCCUCUCAACAAUACGUAAAUCGAACUUGAUAGCCGUCGUUCAGUCAGGAAAAGUUGUAGAAUUAGGUUCUCAUGAUGAACUGAUUAAGAUGAAUGACGGAGAAGGUGGAGAAUACUCCAGAAUGUUGGAAUUGCAGAAGACAGCAACUAAAAAUGAAACUUCAAAUCCUCAUAUUGCUGUCGAAGAUUACAAUCAUCAAAAGAUGGUUAUGUUGAAGGGUAUGAUGAGUCCGGUAAGCGUAAAAUCUAGCAGACAAGUAAGUCCAGCAUACCCUUUGAGUCCAGCCCAUUCCAUUAGUCCGGCAUACUCUUUCAUUCAAAGUCACCACUACGAAAUUCCUAAUGAAGAAAAUAUCGAUCUUUCCGCUAAACCUGCUGCACCUUCGCAAUGGCGUCUGUUGAAAAUGAAUGCACCAGAGUGGAAAAGAGCAUUCCUUGGAUGUUUAGGUGCCGUUGGUUUUGGAGCAGUUCAGCCUGGGCAUUUCUUCUGCCUGGGAACUAUGAUUUCAGUGUUCUUUCUCAAGGAUUUCGAUAAACUUAGAUCAGAAACAAGAUUCUAUUCCUUGAUGUUUCUACUGGUAGCAUUUCUCUGUCUCGUCACCAACCUCCUCUUACAUUACAACUUUGCUGUCAUGGGAGAACGAUUAACAAAACGAAUACGUGUGCAACUACUAGAAAAGGUUCUGAGUUUCGAAGUCGGAUGGUUUGAUCAAGAUGAGAAUACAAGUGCAGCUAUUUGUGCAAGAUUAGCCAGUGAAGCCAGCAUUGUUCGCUCCCUUGUUGGAGACCGUAUAUCUUUGUUGGUUCAAGCUUUUACAGGAGCUGCUAUUGCUUUUGUGCUUGGAUUAAUCCUCUCUUGGAGACUAGCUAGCGUCAUGAUAGCAAUGCAACCAAUACUAAUCGCUAGCUACUAUUCAAGGACUGUUUUAAUGCCAAGCAUGUCUGGAAAGGCUCAAAAGGCACAAAAUGAAGGAAGUCAACUAGCCAGUGAAGCAGUGGUUAACCACAGGACCAUCACUGCUUUUUCUUCUCAAAAAAGAAUACUAGAUCUCUUUGAGGCUACCAUGGAAGGACCCAGAAAGGAAGCCAUCAAACAAUCGUGGUAUGCCGGUAUCGGUCUAUGCAGCUCUCAGUUUCUUACAACUGCCUCUAUAGCUAUGACUUAUUGGUAUGGGGGAAGGUUGCUUGUUCAAGGACUUAUAUCCACUAAGAGAAUGUUUCAAGCUUUCUUCAUCUUGCUGAGUACAGGUAAGAACAUAGCAGAUGCAGGAAGCAUGACUUCAGAUUUAGCUAAGGGCAGCGAAGCUAUAAGAUCAGUGUUCGCGAUGCUAGACCGCAAAAGUAUGAUCGUGUCAGAUGACCCUGAGGGAAUCAACCCUACUAGAGGAAUCAAGGGUCGGAUUGAGUUUAAAAAUGUUUACUUUUCUUAUCCAUCUAGGCCUAAUCAGAUGAUCUUUUACGGUUUAAGUCUGAAAAUUGAAGCUGGUAAAACUAUAGCAUUGGUCGGACAAAGUGGUUCCGGAAAAUCUACUACUAUUGCAUUAAUAGAGAGAUUUUACGAUCCCUUAGAUGGGUCUAUAGAAAUUGAUGGAAUAGACAUGAGGAGCUACAGCUUGCGGAACUUAAGAUCCCAUAUAGCUUUGGUUAGUCAGGAGCCGACUCUUUUCGCAGGAACCAUCCGUGAGAACAUUUUAUAUGGGAAAGAGAAUGCAACAGAAUCGGAAUUAAGAAAGGCUUCAUCUCUUGCUAAUGCUCAUGAAUUCAUAAGUGGAAUGAAGGAUGGCUAUGAAACCUACUGUGGAGAAAGAGGAGUUCAGUUAUCCGGAAGACAGAAACAGAGGAUAGCACUUGCUCGUGCAAUAUUGAAAAACCCAGCGAUCCUACUGCUGGAUGAAGCCACAAGUGCGCUUGAUAGCGUAUCAGAAAACCUGAUUCAAGAAGCGUUGGAGAAAACGAUGGUUGGCCGAACGUGUGUGGUUGUAGCUCACAGAUUAUCUACAAUACAGAAAUCAGACACUAUAGCUGUCAUUAAGAAUGGGAAAGUGGUGGAACAAGGAUCACAUUCUGAGCUCCUGAGCAUUGGACACCGAGGUUCAUACUACGCUCUGAUAAAACUACAAGGAAACAACUCCCCUUACCGGUAAUGCUCAAGUAAAACAAAGGUGAAAGACUGAGGAACAACUGUU